GUCAGUCAGCUGGGGAGGGCGACGACAAAAAGAGAGAAAGAAAGAGAGAAAGAGCGAACGACAGAACGAAAGAAAGCGAGCAAGAAAGAGAAAAACGGCCCCUCUUUCUUCCGACAGAGCAGCUCCUCCAUCCCAUGAUCUCAUGAAUAAAUUAUAGCGACUCAUUGUGCAACAGAGGGAGGAAUGCGGUGGAGCUGAGCAGCAGAACAACCGCGACUUUCGGGAUUUACACAAAAACACCGCAUUAAAACACGCUCAUGCUGGACGAUCGAGAGCCAAGGCCGAUUAUACCGAUAUAUCCGGAUACAUUGACGGAUUAUAUGAUCCAAUUCGAGCGGUUUUAACGUCUUCGCGCGGUUUCCGAUUUCUGAGGUAACCGAAAAAAGACGCGCACGGCACGUUUUUAUCAACCGUAACCCCGCGAGGAUUGAAGCGGAUCCCGAUCGAUCAUUUUCUGAUCCACAUUUCGAGGGGAUUUUCCUGCCGAGGAAGGCCGAAAACGGACUCCCAUCCAGGCGGACACAUCAACCUCGGGCAGCCGGAGUGGAAGACUGCCUGCUAGGUUGAGGAGAUUCGGGGUGUCCCAUAGACCCCUAGAUUCCUCCGAUGAACCCCAUCAACUCCAUGAAACCUGCCCUGCCUCCAACGCCGCACAGUGACUCCUCUUACCCAUAUGAUCCUGUCCCCUGGCAGCAAGGCCCCAGUCAGCCCGCCGGCUCCCUCUCUGUGGUAACCACAGUGUGGGGGGUAACCAACCCUUCAGCCAGCCAGGUUUUCGGAGCACCCAUGGGUCCAGGAGGUAACUCAGCCGGGGGUCACAUGAUGCCGGGCAGCAGUCCGGGCAUGAACUCUCCACAGUUCAUGAGCCAGCAGGGCUACCCGGAGCCCAACAAAACAUACAUGCAGCAGGGCAUGUAUGGCCGGCCCAGCGGAGGAUACCCUGCCGGACCCGGAUACGGCGGCAGUUACCCCAAUAAUGGCGCUGGUUCUCUCGGGAUGCCUCCUCAUGGUGUUCGUCCACCCACUGACUUCACCCAAGCAGCCGCAGCAGCAGCGGUCGCCGCAGCAGCAGCCACCGCCACAGCAACUGCCACCGCAACUGUCGCCGCGUUACAGGAGAAGCAGAACCAGGAGCUGAGCUACGGCCCUAUGGGCGGAGCUUCCUCCUACAACACCCAGUUUCUGUCUCACUCCGGCCCCCGCGGGCCCCCAGGGAUGUCCCCCUCCGGGAUGGUAGGCUCCAGACCUCCCUCUAUGGGCCCCAUGUACACACAGCAGGGCCAGAGGCUCCCGCAGCACCCCGGAUAUCCAGGGAGUCAGCAGGGGCCGCCGCGCCACCAGCAGGCCCUCAAGCGCCCAUACAACUCUGAGGGUUUUCCGGGUCAGCAGUACGGCCCUGGGAUGGGUGGUGGGGGCCCAUACCCUGGUCAGCCCAUGCAGUAUCACGGCCCCGGGCCCCAGCGCUCUGCCCCGUCCCCAUCAUAUCCCACACACCGCAUGCCGCUCCAGCAGCCCAGUAUGGCCCAGUAUCCUGCAGGACCAGGAAACCCCAGCCAAUACUACAAGCAGGCGGAGCAGUUUAACGGUCAGGGGAACAACCACAGCCUGAGCUCUGCAGUGACCGCUGGAGGAUACAGCAGCUUCAACCAGCCCACCGUCAACGGGCCGGGCCGAGCAAUGCCAGGAUACCCCAGUUCUCCUCUGCCAGGGAACCCCACGCCCCCCAUGACUCCCGGCAGCUCCAUGCCCUACAUGUCCCCCAAUCAGGACGUCAAAUCCCCGUUUUUGCACGACGUCAAGCCCAGCAUCAGCGCUCUGCAGCCCCCUACAGGAAACCCCAGUGACGACCUGCGUCUGACGUUCCCCGUGCGGGACGGUGUGGUUCUGGAGCCCUUCAGACUGGAGCACAACCUGGCCGUCAGUAACCAUGUGUUCCAGCUGCGCGACUCCGUCUACAAAACACUCAUGAUGAGGCCUGAUCUGGAGCUGCAGUUUAAGUGUUAUCAUCAUGAAGACCGGCAGAUGAACACUAACUGGCCGGCGUCGGUGCAGGUUAGCGUCAAUGCUACUCCUCUGACCAUCGAGCGCGGAGACAACAAGACGUCCCACAAACCCCUGUACCUAAAACACGUGUGCCAGCCGGGACGCAACACCAUCCAGAUCACCGUCACCGCCUGCUGCUGCUCGCAUCUGUUCGUGCUGCAGCUGGUGCAUCGGCCGUCUGUGCGCUCGGUGCUGCAGGGACUCAUGAAGAAGAGGCUGCUGCCCGCCGAACACUGCGUCACCAAGAUAAAGAGGAACUUCAACAGCGGGACCAUCCCGGGAACCCCAGGCCUGAACGGAGAGGACGGUGUGGAGCAAACGGCCAUCAAGGUGUCGCUCAAGUGUCCCAUAACCUUCAGGAGGAUCCAGCUUCCAGCCCGCGGACACGACUGCAGACACAUACAGUGUUUUGACCUGGAGUCGUACCUGCAGCUCAACUGUGAGAGAGGAACCUGGCGCUGUCCUGUGUGCAAUAAAACCGCUCUGCUGGAGGGGCUGGAGGUGGACCAGUACAUGUUGGGCAUCUUGAUCUACAUUCAGAAUUCAGACUAUGAAGAGAUCACCAUUGACCCAGUGUGCAGCUGGAAGCCUGUGCCGGUUAAACCAGACCUGCACAUUAAGGAAGAUCCGGACGGGCCGGCCCUAAAGCGCUGUCGAACCCUGAGCCCCAGCCACAUGAUCCUGCCUAGCGUGAUGGAGAUGAUUGCAGCGCUGGGUCCCGCAUCCUCGCCCUACCAGAGUCUGCCAGCAGGGGGCAGCAGCAGCACGCCAGACUAUCCCAGCCAAGGUGGUUCAGGAUACUCCAGCCAGCCAGGCUUCUCAGAUUUCCCCAACGCCCCCGGCACCCCCACCCUGGGGGAGUUCACCCCUGGCCCCCCACCCCUGUCCUACCAGUCUGACCUGCCCAGCGGGCUGCUGACCCCUGAGAAACCUGUGGGACACCCAAUGCCCGGACAGAUGCCUCACUCUAGUCGCAUGGAUCCUUCCCACAAUCCCCUGCAGCAACAACAGCAGCAUCAGGCUCUCCACGGGAGCUCCAGCAUGGGCCCCGGGGCCCCGAUGCACUCCCGCGGGCCCUCCCAAAACCCCCGCAUGCACACAGAUAGCUUCGGACUCGGGGCCCCUGGGGGACCGGGCGACGUUUCAGAGCCGGCCCUCGAUCUUCUCCCAGAGCUGACGAACCCAGAUGAGCUGCUGUCCUACUUGGGUCCUCCAGAUCUUCCUAAUAACAGUAAUGAUGAUCUGCUGGCUCUGUUCGAGAGCAACUGAACCGUCCGGCGUUCCUCCACCGUCCAGCAGUCCCCCAUCCAAGCCAAACACACAUCCCAUUGCGUCUGUGCACAGUUUCCUCCUGAGACUGGACCGCAGUGACUCUUGGGAAGGUGCAAGGAAGAUGGCUUUUAUUUUUCCUCCUGUGACGAUGUUACUGUCCGACUGCUUCUCUGAACUCUGAACUUCAGUCGCUCCAAUCAUUUGUAGAAAGACGCACAUCACGCUUUAAACUCAUGUGGUGUAUUCAAGGACAUAGCGUGUGUGUGUGUGUGUGUGUGUGUGUGUGUGUGUGUGUUGAGGGUCAGGUUAUUGCUUAUUUUUCUUUUCACUGCGGCUCCUGUUUUAAAUCUAAAUUAGAUGAGGAAUUAUGAUCUUGUAAUGCUGGAUUCACACCAAACACAGAAUUAAGUGAUCAAUAUAAAAGUAAAUCUCAUAUAAAGUUAAUGCAAACGCUCGAAUGGUGACGAAUUGUCAGCAUGCGGUGAGAAUAUCCCAGAUAGUGUAACCACAGCUGCGGAGCAUCAGGUUGCACGUAAAGUGGAUUACGUUUGUUUGUUUAUUGUACAUCAGCAAUUUACUACUACUUCAUGACAAAAAUUGAAACAGAUAAGGAGAUAUUGUAAAAUAAUAAUAACAAACGACAACAUCCCAUUAUUAACUUCACAUUAAUCAAUGAUACAAUUUUUAAAAAUUUAACAUUAAAAACAUGAUUUUUCAUGCCGACAUAGGAUUGAUUUAUCUUAGUAAGUACUCUAAUGCUGGAUUCAGAACAAACACUGAAUUAAGAAUUCAACAUAAAAAUAAACCACAUACGAUGUUAAUGCAAACGCUCAAAUAAUGGCGAAUUAUCACCGCACUGUGCGAAUGUCGCAGAUAAACCUGUGAGCUUUACUGUAACCACAGCUGCGGAGUAUCGGAUUACAUGUAACCUGGACUACAUUUGUUUGUUUAUUGUACAUCAGCAAUUUACGACUACAUCCUGACGAUAUUGAAAUAGAUAAGAACAUACUGUAUAAUAACGAACGAAAACGUCACAUUGCGAUAAUAAAAAACAAUAUAGUUUUACAUUAAAUAUGAAUUUUUAUGUCGAUAUUGAAUUGAUAACUUAGAGCGAAGUACUCUAAUGCUGGAUUCAGAACAAAUGUGGAAUUAAGUAUUCAAUAUAAAAGUAAAUCACAUUAAAGUUAUGCAAAUGCUCAAAUAGUGGUGAAUUAUCACCGCGCAGUGCAAAUGUCGCAGAUAAAGCUGUGAGUGUUACUGUAACCAUAGCUGCAGAGUAUCGGAUUACAUGUAACCUGGAUUACAUUUGUUUAUCGCACAUCAGACUACUUUAUGACUACUUUGACAAAAUUUAAAUAGAUAAGAACAUAUUGUAUAAUAAUAACAAUGAAGGACAACAUCACAUUAAUAACUUCACAUUAACUAUACAAUUUUUUUAAAAUUACAUUAAAAACAUUAAAUAUGAUUUUUCAUGUUGUUUUUAGAUCAAUAACUUAGAGCAGAGUACUCUAUUGCUAGAUUCGAACCGAACAUUGAAUUAAGUAUUGAAUAUAAAAGGAAAUUACAUGUUAAUGCAAACGCUCAAAUAGUGGCGAAUUUUCACUGCGCGGUGCAAAUGUUGCAGAUAAAGCUGUGAGCGUUACUGUAACCACAGCUGCGGAGUAUCAGAUUACACGUAACCUGGAUUACAUUUGUUUAUCGUACAUCAUCAGUUUAUGACUACUUCAUGACAAUAUAAAAAUAGAAAAGAACAUAUUGUAUAAUAAUAAUAACGAUAACAUCACAUUAAUAACUUCACAUUAAUUAACGAUAAAAUGUAAACAAAAUUUAAAUUAAAACAUUAAAUAUGAUUUUUCAAUCCAACAUAGGAUCAAUAUAACUUAAAGCAGAGUUCUCUAAUGUUGGAUUCAGACCGUAUCAGAAUUACGUAUUAAAUAUAAAAGUCAAUAACAUGUUAAUGCAAACGCUCAAAGAGUGCCGAAUUAUCACAGUGCAGUGUGAAUUUCACAGAUACAGCUGUUAGUGUAACUGUAAUCACAGCUGCGGAGUAUCGGAUUACAUGUAACCUGGAUUACAUCUGUUUGUUUAAUGCAUUGUAAUAUAGAGAAGUACAUAUACAUAAUAAUAACAACGACAACUUCACAUUAAUUAGAGACAAUACAAAAAAAACAUUUAAAUAUGAUUUUUCAUGUUGAUAUAGGUUUGAUACAAAACGUGGAACUAAGUAUUCAAUAUAAAAGUAAAUUGCAUAUAAUGUUAAUGCAAAUGCUUGAAUAGAGGUGAAUUAUCAGAGUGUGGUGCGACUGUCGCAGAUAAAGCUGAGUGCUACUGUAACCACAGCUGCGGACUAUCUAAUUAUAUUUUAUCAGACAACAUUUUAAGACUACUUCGUGACUGAUCGAAGAUUGAUAUAGACAAGAACAUAUUGCAUAGUAAUAACAAUAACAACUUCAGAUUAUUAUAAAUCAUUUUACAUUAAAUAUGAUUUUUCAUGUUGAUAUAUGAUCAAGAGUUUCCAUCAAAGUACUCUAAUGCUGGACUCAGACAAAAUGCGGAAUUAAGUUUUCAAUACAAACGUAAAUCACAUACGAAGUCAGUGCAAAUGUGAGAUGGAAAUAAACCAACGCCAUAGUCAUGAACAGUGCAGAAUUUGCCAUGAUUGUGUCUUCCGUGCAGAUUCAAAUAAUUGAAUCAAAAAAAUGCGUGAAGGGAAAAACAUCCCAUGAGUAAACUAGAGCGAGUGACGCAGUGUUGCGCGAUUGGUGUGAACCCAGCAUAACUCAACAAACAAACACUGCUGAUUCUCUUAAAGGGACAGUUCAUCCUAAAAUUACAAUUGUCAUCAUUUACGCAACCUGUUUGAGUUUGUUUUUCUGUCGAACACAAAGGAGGAUAAACUGAAGAAGGCUUUUAGUUAAUGUUAAUGGCUAUUUUUUCCAGAAUAUCUUGUUUUGUGUUUGACAGGAUGCAGAAACUGUACGAACACUUGAGUUGUGAGCAAAUGAUGAGGAAAUUUACUUUUGGCUGAACUAUUUCUUUAACACACAGCCAGAAUUCUCGAUUAUUUCUUCUUUUAUUCACCCAAAGAUGACCUCAGGCUCGCUCCAUGUGGUUAUAACACGGUUUCAAUCCACAAAUGACUUGAUCUCAAAAGUGUAGCCUUUAUUUCCUUUAUGAAACGUGUUCACGUCUGAAACGGUAGCAUUCAAGAAGUGCACUAUUACAUUUUGCACACCGAAAUUGCCUACACACGAAGGAAAUCAAAGGCAAAGAGUUAUCUUUUGUGAUGCUGUACACAAAUGCACACCUCAAGCUAGUGUGUGCGAGAGUGAGAGUGUGUGUGUGUUUUGGCACAAAUUCAAACAUUACACCACACCCUGCUUUGUUUUCGUCUGUCUCUCGUGAGUUUCUUACCCUUCGAUGUCUUUUUAAAAACGUCUUCCUCCCCUGUGGAUUUAGGGCCAUGAGGUCAGAUCUUGCAUUUAACUCGCCCUUAAAUAUGCAAGUCUGGGCUAAUAUUUGGUAGAAAACAGGUUUUCUUGGUCAACGACAUGUGUGAACCCAGACAGAGCACAAGCAGCCCGGUAGCACCUUGUUAGAGAGCUUACAAAUGCACAACAACAAUCGCGUUUGGUGGACAAACACCUUCCCUUAGUGAGAUUUUGCUCGGACAAAUCUGAUAGGGUGGGAGAGUGACGACAAGAAAUGGACUGAUGUUUAUCGCCACAAUCACAAUCGAGGAGGAAAACGUUGGGGUUGAUGUGAAAUAUGUACAGAUAUAGUAUUAUUAUCGUCGCGGAUGUGAACUUUCUCUUAACCCCAUGAUAUGGAAAAAAUGAACAUUUGAAAACACUAUGACAAGAGCUCAUUCCCCAGAUUUACAUUCAGAGCGGGAUGGAGAAACCGAUGAUGAGGGAUGAUGAUGAUGAUGAUGUCGAUUCCUGUCUUGUCUGAUUUUAUUAUUUAUCAUGGCUCUUUGGGCAGCGUUAGCGAAGUGCAGUUUGUAUAUUAACAAUACAGGGAGCAUCAGGAGUCGUCGGAUGAUGUGCUUUUAUUCUUUUCGUUUGUUUGUUUGAAGUCAUUUGUGUAUCAUACGAUUUUAUCUUUGAUUAUAUAAUAAUUGUUAUUAUAAUUAUAAAGAUAAUUGAUGGGCCUGUAUGCAUCUCUCUCUCUCUCUCUCUCUCUCUCUCUUCUGUGUUAACUAGCAGAGUUUAUGAAUUUGUUAGAAAGAUACGACAUAAAAAAGAUGAUGAAUUCAUGAGAAUCUGAGAAACCAGCAUCACUCAAACUGUUCAAAAAUACAACUAAAAAAAGAUGUUUGACUGUCAUCGUGUGUUGGUGGAUCAUCAAGUUCUAUCGAUUGAAUUAAACAUGUAUAAUUGAAAGCGAUUUGUUUUUCUAAAGAUGUGAAAUAUUUCCAUUAUGUUUUAUAAGUAAAGACUUAAGCCCCA